AGCUCGCCCGUACUUCAACCUCGUUCCGACUCGCACCUACUUUCGAUCUUCGACGCCCCUCCAACAUCUUUGUGGAAAAAUGUCGACCGCCGCCCGCCGCCGCUUGAUGCGUGAUUUCAAGCGCAUGCAAACUGACCCUCCCGCUGGUGUCUCUGCUUCUCCGAUCGCCGACAAUGUCAUGACCUGGAAUGCUGUCAUCAUCGGCCCUGCAGACACACCUUUCGAAGACGGGACCUUCCGCCUGGUCAUGCAUUUUGAGGAAGCAUACCCAAACAAGCCACCGGGCGUGAAGUUCAUCAGCCAGAUGUUUCACCCAAAUGUCUAUGGAACGGGAGAGCUGUGUCUAGACAUCCUACAAAACCGGUGGUCGCCUACGUACGAUGUCGCCGCGAUCUUGACGAGUAUUCAAAGCUUGCUCAACGAUCCGAACACAUCCUCGCCAGCGAACGUCGAAGCGUCUAACCUGUACAAGGAAAACCGCAAGGAGUACACGAAGCGUGUUCGCGAGACGGUAGAGAAGAGCUGGGAAGACUGAGCUGGCCGGUGCAUGAAUCGCGGCAUAAGACCGUGACAUAGCAAGGCAAGGCAAGCAUGACAUGGGAGU